CGAGAAAAUAACGUAAAGUAAUUCCAAUUUCUCAAGAGUAGUUUUGUUGCAAAAAGGUGUAUAAUAGACCUUCAUAACAGAAAAAUCUUUUGGUCGAUGGUGAAGACAUGGAAGCAACGUCAUCAAAUUUACCACAACACAGCGAGAAACAGCAUGGUGGAAUUAAAAAGAAGCUUUACAAAUUGAUAAAGAUUUUCCUUGGAGCUGUCGUACUAGUAUUGGCAUGUUAUAUAGCAUAUUCCAUUUCUCAAACAAAUGAAUUAAAGAAAACUGUAGAAAAACAAACACUUACUGGAAAUAAUGCAGAAAAGCUGCUAGCCAGUUCAGUUCAAAACAUGGACUUAAAUGUCGGUAUGAGGAAUGAAGAUCACUUACAGAAAUGUCAGGGAACUCAAUUCAAAAGAACAUUUCCCGAUAUAGACUAUGCUUUCUUUGGAUAUAACAUUUUAAAAGGAUAUCCACUUCAUAUAGGACAUGACCCAGGAUUAACUUUGCCAAUUUUUAAAGCAGAUUAUAGUGAAGGCCUCCAGACUUCAGAUUGUAGGUACUUUGUUCCCAGAGGAUUGGUUAUCGUUCCGGAUGUUUCCUGUAUAACGGCUUUCACUUCUGAAACGAUACAAACAAGAUAUGAACUCAUAAAAUCUUUGUCACUCUCAGCAAGCGCAAAAGCAAGUCCACCGACAAAAUCGUCAGGAGGUAAAAAAUCCAAAACCAGUGGAGCAUUUUCAGCUAGUGGUGGGUAUCAGGAUUCAUCGAAUGAAUUAUCGACCAGUAAGUCAGUUUUCAUACUUUCUACUGCUGAAUGUAAUUACUAUUUCAGUAAACUUAUGACGGAUCAAGCUCCUCCCUUUUCCGACUCUUUUAUAAGAUGGAUACAUAAACUUGCAGCAACCGACGAGCAACAAAUCUAUUUUAAUUUUUUCGAAACUUAUGGAACUCAUUUUCAAAUUUAUACUACGUUUGGAGCAAGAUAUACAUUUGAACAUAAAAUGAAAACUUCAACAUUUAUUUCUGAAAAGCAAAAAGGGUAUAAUUUCGGCUUUUUUGGAGAGAUCUUUUCCAAGAUUAAUGUCGGCUUAGGAUUUAAUAUUGCAAGAGAAGAAAGAGAAAAAGUCGAAAAAAUUUCAAAAAAUAUUGAAACGAAAGUUAUUACCGUAGGUGCCCCACCUCCUGCAAACGGCGACGCAACAACGUGGGCAUCUACCGUUAAGGAAACCCCAGUCCCUAUGAAGUAUAAACUAGAGUCAAUUGACAACUUAUUCACUGAAACUUAUAUGGCAGGUUUAAACGUAAACUAUCAAAGAGUAUCAUUAAACAUUGAAAAGUACCAAGCCGAAUACUGUGACUAUCUUAAAGAUCUUGGACAGCUAGAUUCAUGUGAGAUACCACCUCCAGGUUUAGUUUUGAAGAAAACAAGACUCUUUGCACACUUUAAGGAACAGAAAGUUUCAACAAAUCGUCAGUGCAUCGACACGUGUCUUCAGCUGAGUGACUGUGAAGCUAUAACAAUAUGUCCGCUGUGUGUCACUGCUGAUCUGGUCUGUCAUAUGUUUAAUAAUGUCUUUAAGAAUGACUCCGACACGUCGUAUAAAAUAAGAGCUGAGACUGAUAAAACAGAUAAAGAAUGGGAAACAAUGAUGUUCAUAUCAAAAAUCAAUAGUAAGAUGAUAAUGGUGAACACAACUGUUUUUGGAGCUCAGCGGUCAUCGGAUACGGACACAAAAAAUAUAAAUACCCCAGACGGAUGUUAUAGCCUAUGUUUUAAUGAUGAACACUGUGUGGCAUAUACCUUCCAUCGUGGGAUAGAGAAUAAAGUAACAAGAUGUCGCUUUUUUUCUGAGACUGGAAUAACAGGAUUGACUAAAGAAAUCGGAACUGACACUUAUUUUAUACCGUACGGCCAUCCAUAAAGGAUAUAAUUUCUCGAAAAUCGCCUUUCGCUGUGGAGGGAUAUAGUUUCUCGAUGAUCCCCCUUUAUUGUUUAUUAAAGUAUUAAUCAUCGAAUAAGACCAGACUUAUGACAAUUGAAUUCUAUUGUGUACCGUACAAGAAUUUUCAA